GGAAGCCAUUAGCGCCCGCCUUGUUAUUGUAACGCCGCGCACAGGGGACACUCGCCGUUUGCCCGCGGAUCCGCGGUCGCGUAUAAAUACACCCGGUCGCGCAUCGUCGUCUCAUUAACGGCGAAAAGGUCUCAACGGUCCCGCGACACAACGAUUCUCUCCACGGCGCCCGUCGUACCCGUGCCACCGAUACCGAACGAGUCGACGACGACGUUCCGGAACACCCGACGCGCAACAGCCAGACACCGCCACUUUUCGGGUGAGUAAUGACGCCGCGGCGCGCUUAAGGCCCGCCGUGCUUUCGGCCGUUUAGGGGCCGAGUUUUUUUUUCGAAUGGAGCGGCUCGUCCGAACGUUCGGCGACCGCGCCGACGGACCGGGCGCCGGUUUUUCAGCGUUUUCUCUCUCCGGUUUCGUUUAAAUGUUUACGCGAUUAUUUUUAACAUUUCGAUUGCCGCCUUGAAAGGCAGCGUCCUUUCGACGGGUCCGCUGCCCGACGCUACCCGUUCGGGGCGAAGGUUGGGUAGGGCCGUUUGUGCCGACGAUAAUGACUUCGCGGAAAUAAUGACGAUUCGAUAUUUUUUUUUUGCAAACAAAUUUUCUUUAUUGACAAACGUCGACGUUUUACAGGCCGCAUUGAACUCCGAUUUUUUUUCUUUUAAUUCCGAUUUCAAAUAGCGGGAAAAAAAUGGUAAAAUAAUAUUUCUUUUAAAGACCGAUUAUAAACGUCGAGAAAAAAAUAUUGAAAAAUGAAAUUCAUAACCGACUGUAGACUGUUUCCCUCAAUUAAUAAUAAUAAUAAAAAAAAUUUAAUUUAAUCGAUUCUUCUGAACGGUAUGACUGUUUCCGUAGAGUGUAUUUUUGUGGGAAAUACGAAUUUGGCACGGGUGUCUUAAGUUUGAGAAUUAGCUUUUAGGUACCGUUUUAAGACCGUUUUGAGGCUUUUUCACCUGUCUACCAACCCAGUAUCCGCUCAAGGAAAUGGGAUGCGGUCGUUUUUACAGAUUAAACCGACGAGCUAGGGGUAAUUACUAAUUAGACACGUGUCCCAAUGUUCGAUUUUAAUUUUUUGAGUACUUAUGGAUUUGUUGACGAUUUCUCUAGGUUUCUUGGAAAGUCGAUUUUCGAUUUGCAAUUCGGUAUGCCCAAAACAAACACAAACGUAUUUGGUAUUUUCAUGGAAUUCUCGAAAUUAAUGUCACAAUUCUGGAGGUCUUCAAAACUGAAUAAUGAAAAUCAACUUCCUUAGAAACUUAACAAAUUUGACGAUAAAUGAAACAAAGUAAAAAAAAUAAAAACAUUUAAUCAGAAAUUGUGUCUAAUUCCCCACCGCUUAUCGAUCUUAAACGUACAAAAACCGAUUUCGAUCCGACCCCCCUUCAUAAUAAUAAUUAAAUUUUAAUAACAAUUUCAAUUCGGAAAAAGUGAUUAUGUGAAUUUUCGGCAUUUGUAAUGUUUUAUAAUUUCGUCUCUUAUAAUUCUUUCCGCUUUAUAGUUUAAUACGGUCUAUAUGCAACUGAUCAUUGCACGCGUAAUAACUAAUACAAACACGUGUUAUAGUGUUUUUUUCUUUAUUAUUAAAAUCUUAAAAUUUAGCAUGUCUACCUAUAAUUAGAUAUAAUUUUACCUAUAGUAAAAAAAUAACAUUCAAUCGAUAGAUUUUUUGAAAAGAAGUGGUUACAACAAUUUUAAUCACUAUGAACAUAUAACAACAUUAUAAUGUUAUUAUUUAUUAUGAUAAACUAAAUGACUUAUCAAGUUAUAUUUAUAUACAGGCCAUAUUUAUUAUACAAUUUAGCCGUGAUUAUGCCAUUUAAUAAUUUUCAACGGUUAAUUUGAUCGUGUUGAAAACAAUACAAAAUUGACUUUCCUGAAAUUCGUUAAUUUUAGAUUCCGAGCGUAGCGAGGGAGCUAUUGGUUUUACAAUGCUAUUUAUUUCUUCUUUUCUUUUGUUCUUUGUUCUAGUCUGUGGACACGUUUUUUCAUAGUAAACUUGCUCCGAUGUAUAAGUAUAACAUUUUUUCUGAAAGCUCAAGUUGUCUAGAUGGUAUCUUAAAGAGGUCAUUUUUUAGGUUUCGACGCAAUUUUUUAAAUAAAAGCACCUAAGUGGGAAAAAACGUAGGAAAACUUACAAUUUCACGAUUGCUUUAUUUUAUAAAAACACAGACGAAGUUUCCUACCAGAAAAAAUGAUUAAUUCGAAAUAUCAUGAGAUACUUUUUUUGUGGCCUUUUUGAUUUACUUUCUUACGGUAUCAUCGCUAAAACUUUUGGUAGUUUUUUUGCUGUAAUUCGGUUAUAAAUACAUGUAGACUUGAAACUUGGUGAUAAUACUUAUAUUGGAUUAACCUAGACAUAGUCAAAUUCAUCGAACGGCUUCUUUUCCUUUUUUAAUAAACGUUUUAAAAUCAAAUUUAAACGAAAACCACAAAACAAAUUACGGCACUUCAAAUUAUGUAUACUGGAUCAGCUAUUUUUUUUUAUACUUGUAGACCACUUUUAUCCUAGAAAACUUGCUCCUAUGUAUAAGUGUAGCACCUUUUCUGAAAAUUAAUUUUAUCUGCUUGGUAAAUACUUAGAUCAUUUGACUUGAAAAAUAGACAGAAUGCUCACAUUUCGUAAUCAAAUUUAAAUUUAAAUCGUAAAAAAAAAUUACGCCACUUCAAAUUAUGUACACCGAACUGCACUCGGAAUCGUCUUUCGUCCGCAAUGGUUUAUCGUUGCUUACGGUUAUGAAAUGAAAUAACCUUAUGUAUAAUACCUUCCCAACUUCUCACCUACAACAGUGGCCAUACCUAUCCCCAGUAUCAGCUCUUUUUAAAAUCGUUAUUCCUCAAAUGAAACUAUAUAGUCACUUGUACCUACAGUUGUGUUAUUUUGUUCGUUUGAAAAUAUCGUUUUUGGUUUAAAUAUUAUUUCACAUUACGAUCGAAUAAUCGUAGAUAAGCAGGUAGAUAAUAGAAAUGCGGACAUUGGUGAAAUAUUUACGAUAAAAAUGUAUUUAAACCGGAAUGAAAAAAAAAAACCUACUUAUAAUCCGAAAAAUCGGUACAAAAUCACGUGAAAAAACUGACGGACAUGAGAUACUUCGCUAAACGGUUGGGCCACUGUUGUAGGUGAAAAGUUGGCAAGGUAGAGGGGACUAUUUAACUUGUACGCAAAGAUUAAUCACUGUUAACGAAAAACGAUUCCGAGCGGAGUUCGGAUGUUCUGAAAGGUCGUCUAAUAUUUAUGAUUUACAAAUAAUGAAUUUCGUAAAUUUUCCCGUUUAUUAUGAAAACUCUUGGGAAAAACAAAAAAUGACCUCCUCAAAGUACCACCCCGUUCCAAUUUCCUUUCAAAAAAAGUGCUAUACUCGAAAACCAGAGCGAAAUUUCUGUUAAAAACAUUAUUGUUAAAAUAAAAAAAAAUAAAAGCCAUUGUUAAACCAAUCCUCACUCCACUCAGAAUCUAAAAUCACAAAUUGUCGUGAUUUUCAAAACGAAUGUCUGUUACAUAUUAUAUCGAACAGUUUUAAACAUUUUCGAAGAUAUUUUAAAACGAUUCUGGAAACCCAUUGCACGUUACAAAACCCUUUGUUUUUCGACACGUUUCGGAAUUUAACUCUUACUGAUUUUAUACGGGACGCUAUAGUUUUACGAAAAAAUAAAACAUAAAUUAUCGGCCGGAAAAACACGGUAUGCCCCGGGCCCCGCGUAAUUAAUGGCACGGCAAAAUAAGCAAUUACUAACAGUUAAUUAAUUCGUUUGAAAUACAAACGCGUCCCUACGGAUUUAUUAAUGAGCCAUUAAACUAUACAAUACAGUAAAACUUCCGUUAACCGUCACCUCUAAAAGACGGACACCUCUAAAUAGCGGUCAUUAUUUCCGAUCCCUUCGGUGACCGAAUUUUAUGGAAGUUUUACUGUACAUAACAUAGGUAACGGCCGCAAAUCUAAACGUUCGCUCGACGCUAAUAUCAAACGACUAAUAACACACCGUGAUUGCCGAAAAAAAAAACAAAAUACCGAGUUAAUGAAUAACCGUUUAAAAUCGGACAAACCUUUGACCAAAACUAUACAAUUGUUGUAUUGUGUAUUAUACGGUUUAAAUUCGUAGCGCCUUUGAUUCACCUUAUUCGAAAUUAAAUCAAACGCCAUACUAUAAUUAUUAUUGGACGACUUAACAACGAAAUUUCACUGUGUAAAUAAGCGAUUAAUUGUAAAUUCUCAACCAGGCUGCAGGGGACGGAGUGGACGGACGGAUCUUUGAAUCGGAGAUUCGUCGGUUUCGAGAAUGCGAAAUUCCGCCAUUUCCUUCGUAACAAUACUAUCGUAAAACACGAAAUCCUCUCGGGACGUGUACCUACGAGUUAAUAAUAAUUAUACACUUUAUAUUAUAAUUAUGUUCGUACUAUCGUUAUCCGCCAAUAACGGUGGAAAUUAAUGAAAAACGUUCGAGCAUCGGCACGCGCCGAUGCGUACGUGUAAAAACAGUUUUAAUAUAAUAUUCUGUUAUUACGAAACGAUUGCUGAUAUUUAAUAAUUAUAUACAUUAUUUUACAAUUAUAUAUACGUUUUUUAAAUGAAUAAAUAUUUUUAAUAUGUUUUUUUUUUUCUUAAUACGUAAUUAGAUUAAAUUAAAAACUAAAUUAUCAUAUUCAGAGCGAUGCGAUGAAUGGAUCGUUAUUACGUUAAAUUACGUUAUUUUUGGUUUUCUAGAUAUCUGUAAACUAAUUUUCCACCAGAAAUAUCGCUGGAACCAUAAGUUUAUAGGAACUUUCUUGUAGCAGUUUUCAUCUUGUCGUUACAAGGUGAAGUCAUUUAUCGACAAUUUCCCUAGUUCAGUUGUCUUAAUAAAUCGGUGAAAACUCGCAAUUUGUUGUAUAAUUUUUGUUGAUUUCCGGGUUACCUUCUAGCAAUAACGGGAAAAAAAUACGAUUACUAAUACCCUGCUCAAAAUAGUUUUUCGUUUAAUGCGGGGAAAAGGUUCGGCCGUUUUCACGGACGAAUAAGACGUUUUAGACAAAACUGUCUUGAAUUUCGUUUGACGGAUUUCGUUUUUGAGUUAUAUUCUUUACUGUGGGAUUAAGGAUACGUUGAAAUUAUUUUUUCGAUUUGAAUUCUCUUUGUUCUCUUUUGUUACGUAAAAGGCGAUACUUUGAGCGCAUUUUUCAAAAGUGCAAUCAAAUUUGUUUACGAUUUACAGUAAACCAAUUACAUUUCUAUUUCCAACCUAAAGAAUCGUAGACAGAUGGAUGCGAUUUCAAUAUUGAAAUCCAUCAAACUACACGAUUUCUACAGUUUUGUCUGAUGUUUGGGUCUGAACCACCAAUACCUAGUGUAUUGAAAGUUCUAGGGGAAUUAUGAGAAAAGAAAUUACGCCAAUUGUUUCGUAGUGUUUCGUACAGUAAGGUUAAUUAAGUAGGUAUAAUUGUAAUAAUGUUUCGUUCAGUGAAAAAACAUAAAUUUCGUCAUGUUAAUAUUUAUUGUGUUAUUAUAACAGUUUUGCGAUGUACCUAUCUGAAGAAAUUAAUUAAACACCUAAAGCGAAACACGUCUCGCUCCGUUUACCGUCCCGUCGUCUGAUAAUUGUAUAGUAUUGCGUUUUAUUGUUUAAAACAUAUUCAGAAGUGAAUCGCGAACCGAAAACGAUUUGUAGCUUAGAAUAAUUAAAUUGGAGAGCCUACGCGCGAUCUGUGUUUUGGUUCAAAACAUAAUUUUAAAAGAAAAAGUUUCAUACUUAAUAAAUCGAUUUCGUUUGUUUUUUUUUUUUUUUUUUGGAAAGAUGAAUAUUUUUUAUUUGGACUUGGAUAUUAAAAAUUAUAUUUCUAAAGGUAAUUCGAGUUUGAAUGUGGCCAAUUUUUUCAAAUAUUCUAUUAACCGAUUUAUUUUAUAGUUUUUGAUUACAUGACGGAAAAUCGAAAUCCAUUACUCAAUUAAAACUGAUUGAAUUAUUUCCGUGACUACGGACAAAUGGCAUCAAUGUCAAAAAAUACAAAUACCCACAAAUUAGGUACGGUAAUUAUAUGGACUCGACGUUAAAUUUUUGAAAAUAAAUUUAUUACUAUUUUUAACGACAAAUUUUCAAUUUUCAAUAUAAGUUUUUUUUUUUUUUUUGACCUAAGCUCUUCUCGCGUCAAGCGAUAGAUUCGUUUAUAAUGUUGUCAAACGCUAACGACAUCGUAAAACUCUACGAGUCUGGCCCUUAAAAUAUAUUGCGAUUUUCGCUUCGUUUUGCCAGCGAUGUGCGUACAAACAGGACACCGUCUGCGAACGAUAAUUAUAAAAAAAAAAAAAAAAUCCCGUUUUAAAGUAUCGUGUUUACCUAUUAAUAAUAAUAAUAAUAAUAAUAAUAUACUUCCACGGUUACUGUAAUAUCAUGUUAUACACGAGAAACUCUUUGAACAAGUUCACCGUCUCGGAAAAUGUGUUUUUCGAGAAAAAUAACACAAUAACGCCGAAAUUAAACAGGCUCAGAGUUCAAACGCUACACUCUCCCGUGCGUGUAGUAUACGCGCAGGUGUAGAUGUGGGUGUAGGUAGUGUAUAAACCGAACAGUGUUUGGGAUUUCGUUAUAAUAUAAUAGUUCCAAAAUAUUCCAUAACAAAGUCCUGUCUACACAAUUAUAAUAAUUGGUGCUCGAAAAGUUAUACAUAAUAAUAUGAUAAUUACAUUUUUGAAUGAUAUUAUAGUAUUGUAUUACAUUAUUGUUUCUCAAAACUUAUUGGACAGUGUUUUCGUAUGAUAAUUACUGUUCGUUAGAAAGUGCCUAUAACGAACCUAAAACCUAAAAAAUUGGCAAUGAUAAUAUUGUAUUUUAUAAUGUUUACGUGACAUAAUUUGCUAUACGAAAUACGUAACGUUAUUAGAUACGACUGUUUUGGCGCUUUUUUUUUAUUAUUAUUAUGGCCGUACGAUUUUUAAUUUCGAAGCUCUAAAUUCCAUUUAGACGGGUCGAAUAAUUGCGAAACUUAUAAUCGAAAAUACAAAUAAAGGCCAUUCAAUUACAGUAUUAUCACUAUCGAUUUUCUAAUCGAUUAAACGACACUGCAUGUUAUAACACAAUGUCGUUUAAAGUUUAAAUUAAUCGGUGCGUAUGGACGCGGACCAUCAGUUUCGGUUACGCUCAUGCGGUCGAUUAUGAUUUCAUUUCAUUUUUCUACAACGUCAAUAGGUAAUAGAAUAUUAUUUUUUAUCGAAUUCGUGCGACCGACGACGUUCUACACGUAAUUCCUUCGGCGCAUACAUAGAAAUAAAACGAUGAUUUUAUAACGCAAUAUUUUCACCGCGUAUACUAAUCUCGGCGGUAACGUAAUAACGCCGGCCCACAAUAUAUUGUUAUGUGUGUACGGGUGUAGUUGAUAAUACUGUCAUUAUUAUACCGUAUCCUAAUACACUCCCCAUUGUAUAUUACAAUAAUAAUAUUUUAGUCGGCGUUCGGUAUCGUACGUUUGGGAGGGCGGUUGUUAACGCAAUCGCGUGUUUCAACAAUACGUAUUUCACGUGGGUAGGUAAGUUGUACGUAAGUUUGUUUAAUUAGGGAACAGCAUAAUAAUAAUAAUAAUAAUAAUCAUCUUCAUCAUCAUAAUAUUAUUAUUAUUAUUAUUAUUAUAUUACUUGACGCGGAUGUCUGGCGGGAUGCUGUUAAUUUCUUUGCGCGCGGCGCAUCGUCCGCGGGGCAUCCCGAGCAUAACCGUAAUAAUUGUUUCAACUCGCCCCGGGACGCCGGAUACUCGAGACAUUUAACCGAGCCAACGGACUGAAAAUUAUGAAAAAAAAAAAAUGACUCGAUAUAAUAUAAUAUUUCGCGUUAACAACAAAGUUUUAGAUCCUGAGCGGAACGAAGAAGCGUAUGGUUUUAAAAAAAUGUUUAUUUAUUUAUUUCCUGUGAACAACUUUUCUACCAGCAAUUUUGUUCCAAUUUACAAAUGUAGCACUUUUUCUGAAAGGAAAUUGGACUGGGGAGAUACUUUAAGGAUGUCGGUUUUUGGUUUUUCCAGGAGUUUUCCCAGUAAAUUGGAAAAAACAUAAGAAGACCGGGAGAACGGAAAAUAAGUACAAUAAUAAAAAAUAAUUAUUACUAAUAAUAUAUCACUACCGAUCGAACUCCACUCAGAAUUGUUUUUUCGUUAGCAAUAGUUAGUCGUUGCUUACAGAUAUACAUUAAAUUCCCGUCUAUAUACUACCUUCCCAACUUAUCACCUAAAACAGUGGCAGCUGUACCCGUCCCCAUUAUCCUAGGACAACUUUUAGUGAUAUUUAUUUCGCCCGGCACCCUGUACUAAGUAUAGCUAUUGGUAGCUAAAACGGUUUUUGUCAUUCGAAACGCUGUUUUUCUUUCAUUUUAUAGUUUCAUGACAUAUAAUUUCACUCAAAUAUAUAAUAUUUGGAAACUGUUAGAGCAGAGGUUCCCAAACUUUUUUUGAUACGACCCAUUUUGGAAAUAAUUUAAAUGUUGACAACCCACAAUAAUACCAAGGACACUUUGUUUUUGGUUUAUUUUUCAUUUCUAGAAGAUUCAUGAGGUUUGUUCAGUUGCAUACUCUCAUUUGCAAAUAUAGAACAAAUUUGCUGAUGGAAAAUUUGUAUAACAGGAAAAUAAAAUAGGCCGUAAUAUUUUUCAACUAAUACAUACAUUUUCUCGUUGUUCCGAUUCAUUGGGUAAACUGUUGAGAAAAUCAAAAAACAACCUCUCUAGAAUACCACCCCAGUCAGAUUUUCUUUCAGAAAAAGUGGCAUCAUUGUAAAUCAGAGCAAAAUAACUGGUGAAAAAGCUAUUCAUAGGUAAAAAAAAAAACAACCAAUAAACAAAACCAAUAAAUUCCUAGCUCCAUUUAAAUUCUAAAAUAUGUAUUAUUUAAAAAUAUAAUGUGAUCCAUUAAAAAAAUGAUCGCGGCUCACUUUUGGGUCGUGACCCACAUUUUGGGAACCUCUGUGUUAGAGUAUUGAUAUCUAAUCGAAAUAAAUACGAUAAAUCAAAAAAAAAAUAUUUUCUAAAUUAGCUUUAUUUCGAAAUUGAAUAUCAUAGUAUACAGAAUAUGUUAUGUAUAAUAUAUCCACCAUUAUAUUACAAUAUUAUUAUUUUCGACAAAAUUUAAUAUUCACUACUAUUUUUGUAACAGUUAAAAAAAAAUAAUAACAAUAGAAAAUGUUUUCAUAAUUUAAGAUUAUUUUCACUACAUUCAUUCAUUUCUAUUAAUGGUCACACGCUAUCGAGCGUUUUAUUAUGUUACGUAUGUAAAAAAACGCCCAUUUGUUCAUUAGAACAAAAAAAAUAACUCAUUUUAAUUUAAUUGAUAUUGUAAUUUAAAAUAUUUCCAUUUUUACAUAUAAUAUUAAUGCAAUUAACUGUUUGGAAGAAAAAUAAAGUUUUAUAAAUUGCCUAAUUUAUUUUACAUCAACUUAAUCAUUAAAAUUAGAUAGGUAUUUCGUAUGAUAUUUAUUAAAUAAGUACCUUUUUAAAUUAUUUAUCAUUGCCUGUCAAAGAAUUUAUUUUUAUUUAUUUAUUUUUUUUUUUUUCUGUUUAUUUAAUCAGAAUAAUAUUAUACAUAUAUAAUUGACGUUAGAAAAACAUGAUUUGAAGACAACUUAUCAAACAUGAUUAUUUUUAAUGCAUUUGUAUUGGGUACUGAAAAUCUUAAUUUCUAUAUAUUUAUUCUUCGUGUAAUAUUGUGUUACUUGGUCAACAUUUUAAAAUCACCUUAUUCUAUUUCAGGAUGAAUCCCAUGCGGUUAUUUAUACUUCUGGCGUUCAUUUUAUAUGAAACGCAAUGUGCAGAGAGUUUCAAACAUUUAAAAUUUUUAAAAUCGUUAUUAGCCUCAAAGCUGUUAGCCACUGAACAAUCAAAUUUUGAGGAAGAAAUACCAUACAUCGUAAAUAAAUGUGAGCUGACCGAAGGCGGUUGUAACGACGGUACAGUAGUUGAAUUGAAUAACCCAUCGUACCCAACAAAUGAAAAUCCUAUUUUAAUCGAAAAUCAAUACACAGAAAUGUCUAGUGGAAAUCCCGAAGACUUUCCUGUGGAAAAUUCUGGAAAUCCCGAAGACUUUCCUGUGGAAAAUUCUGGAAACUCCGAAGCAAAUCCGGAAAAAGAAUAUGAAAAUGUUUAUGACAAAGACAUGAACACCGAAUGGUUAUUAGGCGAGAAUAUAAAUGUGAAUCAACCUAGCGAUACUUCUACUCUUUCCUCUGUGACUGCUUCUGUCCCCGACAACACAAAUCAUGAUACACUUAAAAGUAAACUUCAAAAUAAAAUAAACGCAAUCAGAACAAAAAUCCAAUUGAUAAGCCAGAAAAUAAAACCAGUGAAUGAAAUAAUUCCAAACGAUUCUGAAGUAGUUUAUGAAGAAAACUAUAGUACCACUGAAUCGACUACUUCUACAGAAGCCAAACCAAUUACCACAAAAGAACCCGCCAUCAUAACCGUAUCAUCAACAACCUAUACCGAAGAACCCAUCAACACAGAAAACCCCAUUGCAGUCGAACCUGAUGUACAGGUGAAUGUUGAAGCCCAAAAACCAAUCGUCAGUAUAAUUCCUGCACAAAACAAUACUGAUUUGUUUAAAAAUCAAAUCUACGUAUCACCUUAUGCACUCUGGGUCAAUGACUGUCCUCCACCACCACACCAACAAGUUAACUAUCAACCUAAUUUUCAAUACGCAGCCAAUCCGUUAUUCGCCACAAAACAAUGGACACUCGCUAACACGCCCUACACCUGGCCAGUGUAUCAAAAUCAACAAAACAUUAAAUUCGCAGCCAGUGGACCAAUAAAUACGGAAGGACACAUUCAGUGGUAUAAUCCCUAUAACGCGAACCCCGUCUACUCGAACCCAAUAUCGUCUUCUGUUUAUCAAGGAAACGGACCAGCAGCACUUUUCAAACCCACGGUCUCUGUUUCGGAAGUAUCGUCCUUUUCGUCUACAGCUCGACCAAUUUAUGUGAUUGCACAAGCCGAUGCACCAAUGCGUAUACACGCCAACACGUAUGCUGAUAAACCACUGGAAUUUAAUAACGAACCCUUUGGACAGCUCACGUAUGGAAAUAAAAGAUUGAGCUAUGAAGCCAAACAAGUGGUAAAUAAUCUUAGAGUCGGUGCUAAUCAAGCGACUGUUCCUGAACAAGCCAACCAGGGGAUCAAUUUCCAGCAAUAUGCCGAAAACAUACCAUUUUACACUGCCGAAACUUCCGGGUCUGUGGUCCCUAGCGCCGGUAUCGCGUACUCCUCUCCGUCGACAGCACGUCCAAUCGAUGUUAUUACACCCGUCGAUGCGCCGAGUCUUACAUACGCCAACACGUAUGCUGAUAAACCACUGAAAUUUAAUAACGCACCCUUUAGACAGCCCACGUAUGAUAAUCAAAGAUUAAACUUUGGAACCGAACAAGCAGUAAAUAAUUUUAGAGUCGGUGCUAAUCAAGCGACUGUUCCAGAACAAGCCAACCAGUGGAUCAAUUUCCAGCAAGUCAAUUCAAAACCCCAGCAAUAUGCCGAAAACAUACCGUCAUACAUUGCCGGACCUUACGGAUCUAUGGUCCCUAACGCCGGUAUCCCGUACUCCUCUCCGUCGACAGCUCGAUCGAACAAUAUGUAUUCCACCGAUGCACCAAUUCUGACAUCGGCUAACCCGAAUGUCGCAAAACCAUUACCGAAUACCGGUUACAAUCCCAACUACCAGCUUAAGUACCAAAAUCAAAAACCAAAAAUUUUAACAGUAAAUAGGGAAGUGAAUGACUUCAAAGUCGGUACCAAUCAAUCAAUUAUUCCGGAAAGAACCAACCAGUGGAUUUAUUUGAACCAAGCAAAUUCAAAUCCCCUCUACACAAAUCCAAUUACUCCUUCUAUAUCUCAAAAAAUCAGACCAACAGCGUCUAUUAAGCCAGUGGUCUCUAACUCUGGUGUAAAGUACUUUUCUUCGUCGACCGCGCGACCUAUCGAUGUUUCUGCCCCCACAAAUGCACCGAAUCCAAUACCAGCAAAUACGUACACCGAUCAACGGAUGGAAUUCAAUACGGCGCCCUUUAAACAGUCUGCGUAUCCAAAUCAAAGAUUAAACUAUGGUGUCGAACAGGUGGUAAACAAUUUCGAAGUCUAUACCAACCAACCGAUCGUUCCAGAACAAGUCAACCAAAGGAUAAAUUUCGAGCAGAUCAAUUCAAAAUCUCAACAAUUCCCAAAAAACGUACAGCCCUAUGCUGUCGAAAUAUCUGGGUCAUCAUUCCCUAGCUCCAGUGUCACAUACUCCUCAUCGUCAACCGGACAACCGAUCGCUGUGUACCCUACUGAUGCACCAAACCCAAUACCUGCCAAUACGUACGCCCCAAAACCAACAACCGUUAAUUACAGGCCCAACGACCAGCCCAAGUUUUAUUAUCAAAAAACAAACAUUGGAGCAUUAAGCACGGAAGUAAACGAUUUCAACGUUGGUGCCAAUCAACCAAUAAAUCCGGAACAGACAAACCAAAGGAUUAAUGAAUUUGAACAGGCCAAUUCAAAACCCCAAUUUCCAGAAGCCAUAAUAUCCAAUGUCCCCGUGACAUCAGACCAGAAUGUGCCAUCCGGAUCUAUAAUCCCAAGCUCCAGUGUCGCGUAUUCGUCACCAGUCGAACAACUGGGUCCAGUACAGUACCCAAUCACUUACGACACGGUGUCACCUGCAGAACAACCAAAUUCGGAAGACAAUCUGAACACGUAUUCGGCACCUGUGUUGAACAACGCUGAACAGUCCAGUUAUCCGUUACGAGGAGACAUUUUGUUCGAAGACAAUUCCGGUUUAAAAGACGAACAACAAGACGGGAUCGAGUAUACGUUGAAACAACGCAGAUACGCGGUGCCCGACUAUGAUAAAAAACCGUUUGCUAAAAAAGAUGUUUUCAAGAAGUCCGUUUCAGAGUCGGAAAUCCGUUUGAACGCAGCGGCUACUAAACAAACCGAAACCCAAACACCAUCCGUUGCCAAGGUCGAUGCACUGGUCACCAAAGCUGAAUUAUCAAAGCCUUCCAACUUCGACAACGUCAAAUCUGAUUCAAAAACGGAAAUUGUAGAUGUAAAAUCAGCGUGAUUCAUCAAACGCAUUGAUUUCGUCGAGUUAAUUUUCCUAUUUAUAUUAUUUUAAAAAUUGUAUUAUUUAAAGUAAACAUAUUUAUACAUGAA